AUGGGAGGCGGACCAAGCGGCUUCAUCGACGGAAAGUGUGCCGUGCGCAUCCAAAUGGUGGGGCCAGACAAUGGUGGGGCCGCAGACGCGCAAGAGAUGCACGCGUUUGCAGGUCAGGCUCGCAAGGCUCCAGGGUCGCCUCUCUGGCUCGAGCACUCUCGCUCUGGCUCUGGCUCAAGCGCAAGCGAAGAAGCUCAAUCGCAGCGUGUGGACUUGGGAGCCGAAGCUGGUGGCUGCACUUUGGUCGGCCACGAGAGGGGCGUGCGCGGGGCAAGGGCUGCAGCUGCCGGCAUGAGAUUGCCUGCGUGGUUGCAACGAGGCGCUACGACGCUCGCUCCGAGCGCGGCGAACAAAGGGGACUUGCCACCGUUGCUGAGCGCGCCGAGCGGCUACGCUAGCGAGGACAAUGGGGAUAACAAUAGCAUGUGGUCGCUCUCCUUGCUGCAGGCAGAGCUGGACGUGGCUUCCGAUCUUUCGGUCGAACUCGAGAUCCGAACGGGCAGCGGGCGAGCCAAGCCAUGGGAUCAGCUGCAGCUCCCAGCCACCCCGACGGAAAACGCCACCGCCGACAAAGAAAAGGAGGCGAAUCCGCGUUGCAUCCCAAGGAUUGAGACAUCGAUACAGCACCGCUUCGCAUUCCACUGGCCUGACUCGAGCGGCAUUUGCCCGAAAGACUUGCAUGGCUGUGACCUGCCAUUCAAGCACGCAGAAGCGGCCAGGUGCAUCCACACCGAUGUCGCGUCGGGAAGCCCAUCCAAUCGGGACGAGGUUCAGGGUGACCCUGCCUCUGUCUGCCUGACACCUGGCAUUGUUGAAGUCUGCAUCUGCGGCGGAGCUCUGCGCAUUCAGCCACAAAACAGCGUGGUCGCCCAAUGGCAUUGUUGCAUGUCCAUUGUUCUCUCUUCGACCCUCGAGUUCGAAGAUGGACGUGUGUCGAGAGGCAGUCUGUCCGCAUAUCCGCAUCGCUCGUAG